CAACAGCGACUCGAACAGCAUGAAGCGCAAGAAGAAGACGCGCACCGUGUUCUCGAGGACUCAAGUCUUCCAGCUCGAGAGCACGUUUGACAUGAAGCGCUACCUGUCCUCCUCGGAGAGGGCCGCUCUCGCUACCUCGCUGAGACUCACCGAGACUCAGGUGAAGAUCUGGUUCCAGAAUCGGCGCAACAAGUGGAAGCGCCAGCUGGCCGCGGAGCUCGAGACGAACAGCAUAGUUCACGCGCAGCGGCUGGUGCGCGUGCCGAUCCUUUACCACGAGGUUUUCUAA